AUGCCCAUCCAAGUCUCCCGCAUGACCAAAUCCGACAUCAACGGCGCAAUCGACACCAUCCAACAAGCCUUCGCCAACGACCCCUACAACCUCUGGAUCUACCCAGACCGCUCCAAGAUUUCGCUCGAGCGAAACCGCGUCUCCCUAACCCUGCGCUGCAAAUGGGGCAUAUCCCACGGCCUCUUCUACGUCGCCCGCGACACGGCCUCACCCUCCAAAAUCCUCGGCUGCGCAAUGUGGCUCCCGCCGCACCCAAUCUCUGAGCCCGAGUCCUGGGCCGAGUACCUAUCCGGGUGGUGGCUGUGGCUCAACCAGGUGCGAAUGAAUGCGUGGUACGGGCGGGGCGGGUUGUCAACGACGCGGUAUUGGAUUUGGAAAGCAAGGCAGGCGGAGGCGCAGAGGGAGCUGUGGACAGAUCCUCAAGGGUAUUAUUUCUGUAAUAUUGUUACGGUGUUGCCGGAGUGUCAGGGGCAAGGGGUGGGCAGGGCGCUGAUGGAGGAGGUGUUGCACAUGGCUGAUAAGGAGGGGAGAAGGGCGUAUCUGGAGAGCAGUCGGUGGGAGCCCAAUGGAGCGAUUUAUGAGAGGUUUGGGUUUAGGUUGGUUAAGGAGAUGGAGUGUAGGGAUGGGGAGGGGGAGAAGGAUGCUGUGAUGCUUUAUUGUAUGAUGAGGGAGCCGAAGGGGAGAAGUUAG